UACAUCAAUGGGGGCAGUCUAGAGCAACUCCUUCAGAAUAAACAUAUCGAACUACCAUGGGAAACAAGAAUCAAACUUUCUCUGGAUAUUGCUCGUGGCAUGUGUUACUUACACUCCCGGGGAGUAUUUCACAGAGAUCUCACAUCAAAAAAUGUUCUUAUCAAAAUCAACGCGGAUGGAAUGACUGCAGUUGUAGGAGAUUUUGGACUAGCAGAAAAAAUUCCGGAUUCAAGGGACAGAAGCCAACGUUUGCCAAUAGUUGGCUCACCAUAUUGGAUGGCUCCUGAAUGCCUGAAAGGUGAAUGGUACAACGAGAAAGCUGAUGUAUUUUCUUAUGGUAUAAUACUUUGUGAAGUUAUUGCAAGAGUGGAAGCUGAUCCAGAUAUUUUACCGAGAACUGAGAAUUUUGGUGUAGAUUAUGUUGCUUUUAGUGACAUGUGUCCUGAUUGUCCACCCCAUUUUCUGGAAUUAGCUUUCAGCUGUUGUCGAAUAAAUCCAGACAGCCGUCCAUGUUUUAAAGAUGUAGUACAUCAGCUAGAAAAGUUAUUGAACAUAAUCAGUUCUAUGUCUGGAGGCUCUCAUUUGUUUUAUCCACCAGUUGUUUACACUUCCUGUUGGGAUGAUGGUGACAAUAUUGACAGUGUUAGAGCUAUAUUUGCUCACGGUUGGACUCGGUCCAGUCCCACUCAAAACAAAGUCAAAACUAAAAACUGUGCAACUCCAACUAAAGUUUCAAAUUCUGAUUUUCGAAGACCUCCUGUCACCCCAAAGCAUGUUGGAGAAGCAAUGUCAAUGCAAGAUCCUCAUUAUAAACCAAACAGCAGCUCUCAAAAUCCUUUUGCUUCACUUCCUAGAUUUUGGAAAGGAAAGAAAUUCUUAGAACCAUCUUUAAAUGAAAUUGAUCUUUCUCAUUCUGUUAAUUUUGAUUUAUUAUCUCCUCGUUGUGCACCAACACCUCCUGGAACACCAGUGUCUCAGGAUCAAGAUAUUUCCAUUUCUUUUUGCCAGAAACCUGAUAAAAAACAUUCAAAGUCUUUGCCUACUUCACCUGUUCUUCGAAGGAAAUCGGUAAAAUUGCAGACAUUAUAUUCGAAUUCUUCCACUGUUGAAGUUCCAGAUUCUCCAAGGUCUGUGUCUCCAGGGCCAUCAUUUUCGCCACCAUCAUCGCUUUCACCUUUUGAGCCAGAUGAGUCAUUUUCGGGCUAUAACUCCGUCCAAGAACAAAUGAGUGAUUGUAAAUUAGAUGAUUCUUGCAAUCAGUUACAAGGACUGGAUAAGAUUCAUUUAGAUACUAUCUCAAUGCCUCACUGUGAAUCACCGGGAACUGUGACAUUUCGAACAAAGACUCCUUCUUUGUGUGCCAAACUGAGACGUUCCUCUGGAGAAUCUGGCUUCUUCAGUGUUGGUGACCGAAAUAGUACUUGUGAUUUAUCUUUGGAAAGUUACCAUACUCAAGAGGAUAUGCCAUCUUGGAUAACAGAUACUAGUACUGAGUCACAUCUUAAUGAUACACAAAGUGAUAUAGAUGAUAGUGGACAAACUAACGGAAGUAGUAGGAAAAGGCCUUCAUCAUGCUAUUCAGAUGACUCAUGUUACUGCUGUGGGGUUAACUCACAAAUUUGCUGUGAAAUUAGACUAAAUACUCAUUCAGAAAUGUAUAAAGAACAUGAGGGCAAAGUUGCUGUCCCUUAUACGAACCUGCCAAAUUUCCAGAAGCCUGUUCAAAGUCUGGUAACUGAUAUAAACUAUUCUUGUCAUUUGUGCAGUGCUGAAAAUUCCUGUAAUCACAAAGAGUCAUGUGUAUUGAAAGAACUAUCUAGUCAAGUGAACAUACAAUCAGAGUCGUCUGUCUUCAAUCAUAAUCAAGUAGGCAGGCACCAUGUCAAUACUGUGUUGUCUAAAAUGUGUGAAAAAGGAAACAGAAUUGUAAAAUGUAUGAGAACUUCACCAGAAUUAUAAAUGUUCCAAGGAAGUUGACAAAGAUGGGUUCGCAGAUUCUGAAAUCAAUACAUUUUCUUUGAGUUUGUUUGUAUUAUAAUUUUUCUACUCCGCAGUUAUAGUUUGAAAUGCAUUCAUAGAUGUGUACAGUGUGAAAAUUUUUCUUAAUUUUUUCUUUUUGUUAAAAAUUUUUGAAUAAAAAUUAUUGCCAAAGACAAAGUACCUUAUUCCUUAGAUGUAUUAUAAUUAUGUAAUAAUUUUGUAUAAAAUGUAUAUAUAUAUAAUCUGAAGAGGAAGUAUGCAGUUAUUGUAUUUCUUUAAAUUUGAUACUUUGUCCCAACUUAAUAGCAUUUUUAUACUUCGUAAAACAAAAACAAAAAAAAAAAAAAAAAAAAAAUAAUUUGCUCUUAAAUUGUGCAUGAUUUGUAUAAUUGCUGAGCUUUAUGAAGUAAAAUUGAAGGGCUUGCAGCAAAGAAGAUCCCAACUGCACAUUUUUAAAUUUUCAGAAAAUUUUUUAAAAAAAUUCAAAAACUCAUUUUUUAACUUUAAAUGCAGUAUGCAGUAAAAUUUCAUUUAAAAAUCCUCAUUUAAAAUGCAGUAAAAAUGAUUUUCUAUGGCUACUACAAUGCAAAGAAAGAUUUUUUUAACAAAAGAAGACCCAUGAACACAAAUCUUCAUAAGUGGAACUGGGCUCUUCUUUCUGCAAGCCCUUCAAUUCUUAAUCCUUUGUCAGAAAUAACAAGUUUCAAUAUAAAUAUGUUACUUAACAUAUCAUGAAUGGAUUAUUUCAUUUUAAUUUGUAUGCUCUAAGUGACUGAGCUCAUUCUAAGCUUGAAGGAGUUCACAUGAAGCAUUAAACUGAAAUAAAAUGCAUUUUAGUUUUAAAGGUAAUAAAGUCUUGCAUACAUUUAUGUUACUGUUUUGUUGGAUUGUUUUUAAACUAUCCACAGUUUCAUACUUUCAGCAAAAUUUUGCUUUGUUAUAUACUUAGUAUAAAUUUUAUUAGGUUACAUAUAAGUUUUGCAUUGUUUGAUUUUUAAUGAAUAAUUAUUUUAUUUGAAAUUUUAUUACAAAUGAGAAGAUGAAAAAUUUGAUUAUUUUUUAUUCAAGAUCCAAAUUUAUUGUGUUAAAUUAAAUCAUAAAGUUAGAUGUGUUGCAUUGUGCUACUCAGCUUAAAGGGAAUUCAGUAAUUAAAUUGUGAUAAUUUAUUAUUUUGUUAUGUUUUCUUAAUAUAUGUGGUUAUUUAAUCUUGACUAAUGUGAUCGUGGCUGGCAUGCAUUUUCAUUUUUAGAUUGGAAUUGGCUUGAUUUUAUUUCGUAUGUUAGCAAGUCUUGACCUUCUUGUGAAUGGCUGGUGCAUAUCAGCUACCAGCAUAGAGGUUGAUAUGCAUCAAUUAUUCAUAAAGGAUUAAUAAAAUGUCUUCUGUCAGUCUUCUGUCUGUGGCUGGCAUGCAUUUUCAUUUUUAGAUUGGAAUUGGCUUGAUUUUAUUUCGUAUGUUAGCAAGUCUUGACCUUCUUGUGAAUGGCUGGUGCAUAUCAGCAACCAGCAUAGAGGUUGAUAUGCAUCAAUUAUUCAUAAAGGAUUAAUAAAAUGUCUUCUGUCAGUCUGUAAGUUAGAUGAUUAAUAAGUUAUGUAUAAAUUUCCAAAUUUGGUUAUUUAUAACUUAUUUGUUACAGGUUAGUUUAAGUUUUCUCUCAUCUUAAUUUUUACUGCGUAUUUAAUUUUAUUCAAAAGCAAGAGUUGUCUUCACUUUCUAAGCUGUUAUUCAUGUGAAAGAAAAGUAGAGUCAUAGAACAGCAGUAAAUGAAAGCACCGAUUUAUUUACAACUUGCUUUGAUUCCAGUUGACAAUUUUUGGAACACUGAACUGCUAUUCUAAAGUAAAAUUAAUGAGAUGUGGGCCAUGUUACAUAAUGUGCAUAAAUAUUCACAAUGCCUAAAUUAGUAUGUUUUAAAAUUUAUCAAGAAAUAUGUUUAAUGUAUGCUAGCUGCACAUUUUUGACAUUUGAUUUUAAAAUAGUCAUGUUUAUUCCAGUAAUACAUGUUAAUUGUAAAUUCUAUUAAAAAAAAUUCUGAUAUGCAAAUUAUAGUAAAUAUUGUAUUGAUUUCUUUGUAAGUGAUGUUAAAGACACUGAAGAUAGCUGAAAGCUAACAUUUAGAUUAAUUAACAUUUGGAAUAACAUUUGGAUAACAUUUGGAUUGUAAUUUCAAAUGAAUAAUUUUCUGUCAGAUAUUUAUUUUUUCUUUUAUUAUCCGAUUUACAUAGGUCAAGUGAAUUACUUUCAUGAUUAAACUUAAUCUGUUAUCUUUGCCAUCAUAUACUGAGAUUUUUGUACUGAUAAAAAACUGAGUUAUGAAGAAAAAAAUACUCUAAAUUUUUUAUUUAUUAUAUAUUCAGCAGAAUAUUUUUGCUUGUACUUACUUUCUCUGAACUUUGUUUAAAUUCUGACAUAGCAGCAGUGUAAAGAAUAUGAUUUAUAAAAAAAUUUAUUGGACUGCAAUUGAUAAUUGUUUGAUAACUGACAAAUGUAUUUUUUAAGGACUGAAUGAAUUGUGACUUCAGAGCUUGGAAUAUAGUUAAAUAAAAUUAUAUUUUAUCAAAUAUUA